CCGCCCCCCUCCCAUGAGCCCCGCCGCCAUGAUCAAGAAGUUGUGCCAGAGCGAGAGCGAGCUGAACAUCCCGGCCAAGAACUGCUACCGCAUGGUGGUGCUGGGCUCCUCCAAGGUGGGCAAGACGGCCAUCGUCUCCCGCUUCCUGAGCGGCCGCUUCGAGGAGCAGUACACGCCCACCAUCGAGGACUUCCACCGCAAGUUCUACAGCAUCCGCGGCGAGGUCUACCAGCUGGACAUCCUGGACACGUCGGGCAACCACCCCUUCCCCGCCAUGCGCCGCCUCUCCAUCCUCACAGGCGACGUCUUUAUCCUGGUGUUCAGCUUAGAUAACCGGGACUCCUUCGAGGAGGUGCAGCGGCUGAAGCAGCAGAUCCUAGAGACCAAGUCGUGCCUGAAGAACAAGACCAAGGAGAACAUGGAGGUGCCCCUGGUCAUCUGUGGCAACAAGGGCGAUCGAGACUUCUACCGGGAAGUUGAGGCCCGGGAGAUAGAGCAAUUGGUCGGGCCAGACCCGAAAAAAUGUGCCUACUUUGAGAUCUCGGCCAAGAAGAACAGCAGCCUGGACCAGAUGUUCCAAGCCCUCUUUGCCAUGGCCAAGCUGCCCAGCGAGAUGAGUCCGGACUUGCACCGCAAGGUCUCGGUGCAGUACUGCGACAUGCUGCACAAGAACGCGCUCAAGAGCAAGAAGCUGCUGAAGGAAGGGGCUGAGGGCAGUGGAGGGGAAGCCCAUGGCAUCGUGGCCCCCUUUGCCCGCCGGCCCAGCGUGCACAGCGACCUCAUGUACAUCCGGGAGAAGGCCAUCGGCAGCAGGCAAGCCAAAGACAAGGAGCGCUGUGUGAUCAGCUAGGAGCCUCCUGCCGCCCCCUCCCCUGCCUUUUCAGAAGGGAGAGAGCCGGGGAGGGAGGGAAGCUUGUUUCAUAACAAACUCUGGCUGCCCAGGAGUGACAUCUGCCCUGGGGGCAGGUUACCUCCUGCCCAGGGGGGGAUGAUUUGCAUUGGCUGUCCUCAAAUAGACCCACUUUUGGGGAGCAAUGGGAGGGCUGCUGCUGGGGAUGCCCUCCCCCUGGAAGGGUGAGAGAUGGAGGACUUUGAGCACAAAUGUUGAGCCUGGGAGUGGAAAGACAUUGACAUUGACUUUGCCACCGAGGGCCAGCGCAUUGCCUUAUGGAAGAGACUUGGGGUGGGACAAGAUGGUUUGGACUUGAGAAAUCAGCCAACGUUGAGCUCUAGCAAGGGGCUUUGGCGUGUGUGUUUGCGUGCAUUUCUAUGAGCCAGGAUUGCUGCAGGCGGACACUUUGGGCUGUUGCAAACUUCUGGCAGGCCCCUCCACUGGCCUCUCUUACGGAAGCAGACGUGGAUGGGUGGGGGUCAAAAACUGACUUUUGUUUACAUUUGUCUUGUCUGAUUUUGGAGAGAGAAGCAUUUAAAAUAGGCACUUUAUGUAGGGUAGUCUGUGUCCUGGACAUGAACAAAACUGUAUCCAAGUGUUUUCUACACUGUGUUAAGUUUACUAUUUUUCUACAAAAUAAAACUUUUUAAAAAAGUA